AUACAUACAAAUACCUGUUCUUGUAUCUUUCUUUCAUUUCUCUCACUCCUGUAACCUUGUCUCUCCAAGAGAUACAAAAGAACCGUCCAUGUCACUUUCACUCUCUUCUCUACGCAGUCAUUUCUUCAAACACUUUAAGUUCUACAGUCGCGCCUCCAGUUUCUCUUCCUUGCACCGCCGCAUUCACCGCCAUCCUCCUCCCAGCCGCUUACCGCUCUUUCCCCCAAUCGGAGCAGGUCAGCUGCAGCAACAACGGUCGAGCCUCUUGACCGCCGCCGCCAAUUAUUCCACACUUCCAUUCAAUAAUGGCGCUAACCACAAUUCAUACACUUCGCCUUACCUUUCUGUUCAAAUUUGCUGCCCGAAACAUAUUUCUGACGCGCUUUCGGAGUCUCUUAUGUGUUUUGGAGCGAACUCUACCACCAUUGACGAACAAAACUUCUGCGGUUCUGAUGUGGAGAUAUGGAUCUGUUCUACAUUCGAUGUAGACCAGGAUGUUAAUGAGUGCAUUUCACGAGCCGCAAACUCGGUUGGUUUGGAAGAGACACCCAAGUACAAAGUUGAAAAGAAAGAUCACAUGGAUUGGAUCAAACUAACUCAGGAAUCCUUUCAUCCCAUGGAAAUCACAGAGGGCCUUUGGAUUGUGCCUGAAUGGAGAAACCCCCCAGAUCUUCAAGCUACUAACAUAAUUUUGAAUCCCGGUUUGGCAUUUGGAACUGGGGAACAUCCUACGACAAAGUUGUGUCUACUGCUGCUGCAUCGACUGAUAAAAGGAGGAGAGUACUUCCUUGACUAUGGUACAGGGUCUGGAGUUCUUGCAAUAGCAGCACUAAAGUUUGGAGCGCAUCUUUCAGUUGGAUUUGACAUAGAGGCGCAGGCAAUCUCGUCAGCCCGCCACAAUGCCGAUCUGAACAAGAUAGGACCGGAGAAGUUGCAGCUGAGUCUUGUUCCUAGCAAGGAUGGUGCUCAGUUUGAGAGCGACAUCAGUGUCAAGGAUUCAUACAACUCGAAGAUCAUUGCCGAGAAAGACAAGUAUGAUGUGGUUAUUGCUAAUAUACUGUUGUAUCCACUGCUGGAUCUGGCAGACCGAAUAGUCUCUUACGCGAAGCCGGGUGCCACAGUCGCCAUCUCUGGGAUCAUAUCCGAGCAGGUCCCAAUUGUGAUGGAACGUUAUUCUGAGUUGCUGGAAGACAUCAAUAUAUCAAUGAUGGAUGAUUGGGCUUGCAUUAGUGGCUCCAAGAAAGCAUAAGCCAGUUGUGGUCUUUUUCUUUUUUGUUUUUCUUUCUUUUGCUAAAUUAACACUUAAAUUUAAAUACAGUAUAUUGGUGGACUCGAAUAUCAGACUUUUAACUUCCAUUAAUCAUUCUACCGUUAAGCCAACACAA